AAAAGAUCAGGUUUCUCAAUCACAGGAUUGAUCAGUUAGGAAAAGGGUUUGAUAGAUCAGUAUAGGUUGAGCAGGUGGUGUCAGAAAGAUGUUCUUUGUUUUCCUGCUGUGCAUAUGUGGUCUCCUGCUGCGAGGAAAUGCCCAGGACCGAGCCUCUUUGUGGAGGGGGAACGACCGCAGUGGGCGAUGCCAAUACACCUUCACCGUGCCCAGUCCCAUGGAGGCCACCUGCCCACAGGGUGGAGGUCCAGAGGUGGAGGGCCUGAAGAACAGACUCAGCGUGCUGGAGGCACUGGUGUCCCAGCUGAGUGGAAAGGAUGUCCAACCACGAGGAGGUCACCAGGGCGCCGCUGCCAGACCGCAACCUGAGCUCCAGGAGGCGCUCAACCGGGCCGUGGGAGAGAGGAACCUGCUGCAAGGGGAGAAGGAGAGACUGGCCAGGGAGCUGGAGACGCUUAAGCUCCGGAUGGAGGAGAUGAGGAGGGAGACAGAGAGGCUGAGGAGCAGACCGUGUCUGGGUCAGAAUCCAGCAGUGGCCCCCAGCUCCCCCCAACAGGACUGGGGCCGAGGCAGACCUGUGUCUGGCUCCAAUCAGAUGUCCCACCUCAUGACCAAUCCCAACAGGCAGGGCGACAGCAGCAACCUGAGAGAUUCAGCCUGGCAGUACGGACCGAUGGGCUUUCAGGAACUGAAGGCCGAGGUGACCGAGGUUCCUGCUCCUGACAGCAACAACACAGGAUGCGGGGAGCUGAUCGCUGUGGGGGAGCCGGUCACUCACAGGAAGGCCGAUAACAUCGCGGGUAAAUAUGGGGUUUGGAUGCAGGAUCCUGAGGCCGUUUCCCCCUAUGGACCCAACAUGCUGUGGCGCAUCGAUACCGUUGGCACUGAGAUCAGGCAGCUGUAUGGGUAUGAAGACAUGGAGCAGCUCUCCAAAGGCUUCCCCUCCAAGGUGCUGCUGCUGCCAGACCCGUUAGAAAGCACCGGCGCCACCAUGUACCGGGGGUCCCUGUACUACCAGAGGCGGCUGAGUCGCACACUGAUCCGCUACGAUCUGGCUGCUGAGCACGUGGCAGCCCGCCGGGAACUCCCCCAUGCUGGCUUCCACGGCCAGUUCCCCUACUCCUGGGGGGGCUACACAGACAUCGACCUGUCUGUGGAUGAGAAGGGGCUGUGGGCCGUCUACUCCACCAGUAAGGCUCAGGGAGCUAUUGUGAUCUCCAAGCUGGAUCCCAACAGCCUGGAGGUGAAGAGGAGCUGGGAGACCAGCAUCAGGAAGGCGUCUGUGGCCAACUCCUUCAUGAUCUGCGGGAAGCUGUACACCGUGGCGAGCUACGCGUCUCGGGAAACCACCAUCAACCGCGUGUACGACACCGGAACCAGCCAAGGGAGGGCCGUAUCCAUCCCCUUCAAGAACAAGUACGGCUACAACAGCAUGGUGGACUACAGCCUGGCUCAGAGGAAGCUGUUCGCCUGGGAUAACUUCCACCUGGUGACCUAUGACCUCAGGCUGGGCCGUCAGCAGGCCAACUGAGGCCGUCAUGGAGGACUGCUGCUCUUCUGUUCCUGCUUCAGAGACUCUCAGCUGUAGACCAUAACAUGAGCGGCAGCAACAGAUCUAUGGAAACCAGUUGGUUCCAACCGUUCUGUUGAAAUUACAUAAAAAUCUGUUUAUUCAAUCAUAAGGACUGAAAUUAGAAACUGUUUGGGGCAACCAGAAACCUGUCUUCUGGCAGAUUUCCCCCCCCAUCAUUAUUCCUCAGUGAUUAGUAGAAUUUGGCCCUUCUGUCUCUCCAUAGAGCGGCAGCCGUUCAGCUACCAAACCUCAAAGAAACCCCAGAGUUGCACCCUCAGCAGGUCUACUUUUCCUUUUUUUUUUGCUGUGGCGUGGUCCACCAUUUUUGUCUUCAGAGGAAUUAUUUUUUUACCGCCUUUGAUCCAUAUGUAUUGUGUUGUUUUCCAUGUUAAGCUUUAUUUUGGGGACUUAAGAAAAAAAAAAGUCAGUUUAACCCACUCCCCGGAAAAAAAUAAAUGUGUGAUUCAUUAACCCUGUGAUGCAAACUGUGGUUUUAAAUAUCCUGCAGUGACGUAUCAGCCAUCUGUCACUGAAACUGCCUCCAUGCAGCUUGUAUUGAAUAUUGCAUGUAAUUUGCACAGUUUAAUCAAUAUUAUGUCCAAAAAUCAUAAAAUAA